GCCGGGGCGCCGCUCAUUGGCCGGGGUGGGAGGCGCGGGACAAGGCGGCGGCGGCGGCGGCGGCGGCGCGCGAUCCGAGCGAGGCUGGGGCCGGCUGCAUGGGGCGGCGGCGGCGCCGCGUGGACCCGGCGGACGCCGCCGGGGCCCUGCCCGCAGCCAUCACCGCGCUGAGUCGGGCGCUGCCUGGCGGGCCCAGCCCCGAGACCUUCCGCCGCGCCAAGUUCGACCGUCCGGAGGCGGCCCCGGCGCUCUGGAGGCUGCUCUUCCACGUGCUCUCGCCGCGGCCGGCAGACGACGCCGCCGCCUUGCCCACCCCGGAAGCCCAAGCGCGCCUGGUGAAGUCCGCGUUGUGCUCCCAGGGCUACCCUAGGCGUGCGCUGGUUCAGCUCCCCGAGGACGGCUCCCAGGGCAGCCGCGAGCUGCUGCUGGCCCUGUCCUGGCUCCUGGCCCGCGGGCCCCUGCUCGAGCGGCUGCUGGCCCAGAUCCGUGUGCGGCUGGGAGAUGAGAUGCCCGUGUGCGAGUGUGAGGUCCUGGCCAGCCCUGGCCCACCUGCACCCCGUGUGGAAGCAGAUGGCUGUGUGGACAUCCGCCACCUGCAGUGGCUCAUGGGAAAGCUGCGGUUCCGGUGGCGAAACCUGAUCACCAGUCAGCAGGAGCAUUGCGCCCUCCUGGGCAAGGUCCACUCAUACACCCGUGGCUGCCACAGCGACCGCAGCCUUGGCCACCUGUCUGUCACUGAAGCAGAGCUGCUCAGGGACCCGGAGGGCGGCCGGCAGCUGCUGCGGAGGCUGGAGAGUGAGAACGCACGCCUGGAGGCUGCCUUGGAGUGGCGGCGCCGGGAGCUGGUCUUCUGGCAGUGGAUGGACACAGUCCUGGACGCCUGCCCCCCAGAGGCCUCACAGCCCACGUUUCUGCCCAGGAUCCUUGAACGGGGUGCUGGCGAGUUGGAGCUGGUGGCUCGGGAGCUGCAGGCCCUUCAGGAGGAGCUGCAGGCGGUGGUGGAGCCGCGGCGGGCGGCCUGGGAGGCCAGGGUUGGAGGCUGGGGGCCAGGGUGGAAGGCCACGCAGCGGGCCUCAGAGGAAGCCGUAAGACAGGAGCUGACAGCUCUGCAGCGAGCCUGGGAGCGAGGUGGAGGCCUGGCCCAGCCUCAUGGGCCCCACCGGCUGGUGAGGAGUGAGGCUGGGACACUGGGCGGCCCAGGUCUGUGUGCCACCGAGGUGAUCAAGGCGCUGAGGAGCCGGGAGGCCUGCCUGGAGGCGGCCCUGCGCCAGCUACAGGGACAGUGUCGGCAGGAGCUGGCCAGGCUGGUGGGAGCCCUGCCUGGCUUCAUCUGGAUCCUGCCGCCUGGAUGCUGAGGGAUGUGGGGCACCUGUCAUAGCAGCCUGGCUGAGUCCGGGCAGCUGCAGGGACGAUGCAGAGACAGCCCUGGUGGUGUACUCACUCUGGGCCCUGGGGCUCUCCCUACUUUGGAUGGAGCUCAGCUCCUUGGGCAGCAGUGGCAGAGGUGGGCACAGUCUGUCCUCUGUGAGGAGGUCAUAACAGACCCAGUGUGGUGGCUGUGGGCUUUCGGGUCUAGAGAGGACUCAGAAACUGUUGUGGAGGCCUCCCUGCAGGAGCGAGGCUGCUGCAUCCCUCUGCCACCCUCAGGUCUCGGGGGGCUGGGCUCAGUCCCAGGGGAAGGGGACCCUGGGUUUUAGUGACUGAAGCUGGGCUGGUCCGGGUUGCCCAGGUACUAGGGGGACAGGCCUGGCCUGCAGCACAGGGUGGGCGUCAGGGUCCUGGGCGCCCCCUGAAGCCCUCGUCUCAGGCUCCCAUCUCGAGCCCGGCCUGGGCCAUGCCUGUGCGUGUGUGUCUGCAUGCCUGUGUGCAUGUCUGUGUGUGUCUCUGUGUGCGUGCCUGUGUGUAUGCAUGUGUGCACACGUGUUUCUGUGUGUAUGCAUGUGUCCACAUGCGUGUGCCUGGUGUGUGUGUGUGCCUGUGUGUGUGUGUCUGUGUGUAUGGUGGGCAGGGGUGCCAGAUGGGAGCCCAGGGGGCUCUGUUCCUUUCCUGGGGGUGGUGCCCUGGGGGUGAGGGGGAGGCCAAUGUGGACAGAGGGGUCUUUGUUUCCAAGGCGGCUUGGCCCUGACAAAGAGCCGUCUGUGUCCAGGGAUGUGCCCGCAGCCAGAACAGGGUCCUCUCCAUCCCAGGAGCCUCGGCCUCCCAGCCCUCCCCGCUGCAGGCACAGGCCGCCUCAGCCCUGCCUCCCUUGCCAGCUCUCCUCUUCGCAGGGCAGUUGAACCCGACCCGCUCACUGCUGGGCAGGUGAAGGGGCCCAUUGGCCACCUCCUGCUACCAGCCAGCUCAGGCCUGAGGCCACUUCCAGUCCCUGGGUCCCCUGGGCCCCCUGCUAGAACAUCCUCUCAUUGCUUUUCCUGCCUGCCUGGGGAUGUGCUGGAGUGACAGCUCAUACCGGGCGGCACCAGCUCUGUCUUGGCCGGUCUGGGCCUCUUGUCCCUGGGUGGAGGGAUAUACCUGUGCUGCCUCUGCAGUGGCCUCAGGAGCACUGGCUGGACCAGGCAGUGGCCAGCAGGUUCUCCCUUUCGGAAGCACAUCCCUGAUCCUGUCCUCAUGGGGUGGCCCCCCAGAGGGCCCCUGGGCCUGUGCCGAGACUUCCUGGCCCAGAGUCCCUUCCUCCACACCCUGGGCUCCCCUCUCAGCUCCUCUCGGGGCUCGUCCCUCCCUGCUGCGCCCUCGACUGUCCUCCGCCCCGCUGGACAGGACCCGUCUCACCUGGAAACAAGUCCGCUUGAAUCUCCCUGCUUCUGUGGACCGCCAUGCAGCCAGGACGCCCACCUGUCCUUGGGAACGUGAUUUUCAGAAACCCAAAUGCAAACCCAAAGUUACGGAGCUGUCACUCCUCAGAUUGGUCUGUAGGUUCAAUACAGUCGCAAGCAAAA